AGACAUCUGACCCUCCACCUGUCCCUCCCCAGCAUGGCUAGACGGAGGCUAGACUGUUUUCUUCUAGGCCAGGUGCUCGCUGGCCUGAUCCUGGCAUCUAUAGGCCUAUCCUUUGUCCAAAGCAAUGACUGUCCCCAGCUAUGUGUGUGCGAGAUCCGACCAUGGUUUACCCCCCAGUCCACCUACAGAGAAGCAAUCACUGUAGACUGCAAUGACCUACGUUUAACACGCAUCCCUGGGAACCUCUCCAGUGAAACUCAGGUUCUCCUCCUACAGAGCAACUACAUUGCCAGGACAAGUGAGGAGCUGGAGCAGCUCUUCAACCUGACUGAGCUGGACUUGUCCCAGAACAACUUCAGCAUCAUUCGGGAUGUUGGCCUCAACAAUAUGUCCCAGCUCACCACCCUUCACCUGGAAGAGAAUCAGAUAAGAGAAAUGCCAGACUACUGUCUGCAGGAUCUCAGCAACCUACAGGAGCUCUACAUCAACCACAAUCAGAUCAACACCAUCUCUGCCAAUGCCUUUUCUGGGCUCCACAACCUGCUCAGGCUUCACCUCAACUCCAACAAGCUGACAACUAUUAGCAGCCAGUGGUUUGAAUCUACGCCCAAUCUAGAGAUCCUUAUGAUCGGGGAGAACCCUGUUGUUGGAAUAAUGGAAUUUAAUUUUAAGCCCCUGGGCAACCUAAGAAGCCUGGUUUUGGCUGGAAUGGACUUGACAGACAUCCCCGGAAAUGCCUUUGUGGGACUUGACAAUCUUGAGAGCCUCUCUUUCUAUGACAAUAAAUUGGUCAGAGUUCCUCAGAGAGCUCUUCAGAAGUUACCUAACCUCAAGUUCUUGGAUUUGAAUAAAAACCCAGUGCACAAGAUUCAGGAAGGAGAUUUCAAGAACAUGCUGAGGCUGAAGGAGCUGGGAAUAAACAACAUGGGAGAGAUGGUUUCUUUUGAUCGUUAUGCUUUGGACAACCUUCCUGAACUCACUAAGCUGGAGGCUACAAACAACCCUAAGUUCUCCUUCAUCAAUCAUCUGGCCUUUCGUGAUGUCCCUGCCUUGGAAAGUCUAAUGCUCAACAAUAAUGCACUGAACGCCCUCUAUCAGUCGACAGUGGAUUCCCUCCCUAACAUACGUGAGAUCAGCAUUCACACUAACCCUCUUCGCUGUGACUGUGUUAUCCAGUGGAUGAGCUCCAACAAGACCAGCGUCCGCUUUAUGGAACCUCUGGCCAUGUUGUGUGCCAUGCCAACCGAGGUCAGGGGUAAGUGUGUGAGGGAGGUGCUGCAGAAGAACUUAGCAAACCAGUGCUUGCCCAUGAUUUCUCAUGACACUUUCCCAAGCCACCUCAAUUUGGACAUUGCCAUGACCGUGGACUUGGACUGCAGAGCCAUGUCCCAGCCUGAGCCUGAAAUCUACUGGGUGACGCCUAUGGGGAACAAGGUAAUGAUAGACACCCCAUCUGACAAGUACAGCCUCAGCAGUGAAGGGACAUUGAGAAUUUCUCAGAUCCAAGUAGAAGACUCUGGCAGAUACACCUGUGUGGCUCAAAACUCAGAGGGAGCUGACACAAGAGUGAUAGCGAUACGGGUAAACGGCACUCUUUUAGACAGCACUCAGCUUAUGAAGAUCUACGUCAAACAGACCGAACCCCACUCAAUCCUUGUUUCCUGGAAAAUAAACUCAAACGUGAUGACCUCGAACCUCAAGUGGUCAUCUGCCACCAUGAAAAUAGACAACCCACAUAUCACUUACACUGCCAAAGUACCUGUGGAUGUCCAUGAGUACAACCUCACGCAUUUACAACCAGCAACUGAGUACGAAGUGUGCCUCACGGUCUCUAACGUUCAGCAACAAAUGCAAAAGUCUUGUGUGAAUGUGACGACAAAGCAAGCAGCCUUCGCUGUGGAAAUAUCUGACCAGGGGACCAACACUGCUCUUGCAGCUGUCAUGGGAACAAUGUUUGCAAUCGUCAGUCUGGCCUUUCUGGGUGUGUACAUUGCUAAGAGGUGGAAAAGGAAAAACUAUCACCAUUCACUGAAAAAAUACAUGCAAAAAACCUCCUCAAUACCACUAAAUGAGUUAUACCCUCCUCUCAUCAACUUGUGGGAGGCGGACAGUGAGAAGGAAAAAGAGGUCUCCUCUGAGACCAAACCCAGCCAGGUGGACACCACACGCAGCUAUUACAUGUGGUGA